AUGAACGAACCUGUCAUCAGAUCUAGUUUUCACAGAUCGUAUUCAUCCGCAAGUGAUGUUGAUUCUGUGAUGCUUCAAUCACAAGUGACAACCUUGCAAUGGCAGCUUCGCCAAGCGGAAGCUUCACGUCAAAUGUACAGGGCUGUCAUGGAGCAAGUACUUUCCUUUUUACAAAAAACCCAUAAAAAUUUAGACGUUUUACAAAAUCAAAUGGAGUACAAAAACAGCGUCGACAACGUCUCAAGAGUUCCGAGAUCUAGAAGCGUUCACGCCGUCGACACGUCUCCAUCAAGAUUUUUAUCGUCACCGAGAUUGGAAACAAAUUUAUUAACAUUUCAAAAAGCAAAAAGUUUCGUACAAAUCGCGGAUCCGGAUUGUCCGAAACACGGAAGCAUGUUUAAAGAAAUGUCUUGGCGAAAACCGCGAAAACAACAGCAUCAUCAUCAUCACCAGUUGGAAGAUUUCGAAGAAGUUAACGUGAGCAAAUUAUCAGAAGAAGCAUUUCGUUUACUUCGAACCGUUAAAUCACUUUUAAGCACGAGAGAACCGGAUUUAACAUCGAGAUUAAACAACGGAGGAGGAACAUCGAUGACGACAGCAACAGGAGGAGGAGGAGGAGGAACGACGACGACAACUUGUUCACCGUCACCUUCGAACAUUGCCGACGUAUCUUCAGCAAGCAGCACGAUAUCGGCAACGUUAGAAAGCGACACGAGCGAAAAUUAUCGAAUGAGAGACGCGAAUAAUCCAAUGUUAGAAAUAUCAUCAUCAUCAUCAUCGACGCCGCCGCCGCCACCACUUCCGCCACCGCCACCACUUCCGCCACCGCAGCCGCAGCAGCAGCAGCAGCAAUCUUCGACGAGAUGCAACGGGAGAAGAAGAAGAUCAUCGAGAGAUGAUAUUACGAAAGGUUCAUCGCCGCCACAGAUGAGCAUAAUAAGUUCUUCGGCUGAUGACGAAAGCGGAUUUUCAUCUCUCAAUUCGUUUCAAGAAAUCGGAAUCCCAAUAGCGAAUUCGACAUAUUACAACACUAAUCAAAACGUUAAAAACAAAAUGGACGAUAGUAGUAGUAAUAAUAAUAAUAAUAAUAAAUACAAUCGAGAAAUGAUCGGUUUGCCACAAAUCGAUAAUUACGGUUGUAAAGUUCACAGGAGAUGGAGUUCGACACCCGUUGACAAUCACAAUUUGUCUAAAUUAAGGCCGGCAUCUUUUUGUACGACUAAUGGCGAAUCAAUCGGCGUUCUUUGGGUUUAA